AUGCUGAAGGAAGGUGCCUUUGAUGAGUUUGGUACGGAAUAUCAGCGGAGAAAGCUGGAAAUACUUCCGGAGAUUAUCAAGAUGAAGGGUAUUCUGAACCAUCAUAUCGCCUCGUUUAACCACUUACUUGAUGUGGAGCUGAAGAAAAUUCUACUGAAUGAAUCAAACGUUGAAAUCAAGAGUACGGUUGAUCCGGACUUCGCGAUACGGUACACGAAUAUUCGCGUCUGUAGACCGCGGGAAAUAGUUGGUAAAGGGCAGGUACCAAAACAAGUUACGCCCUAUGAAUGCCGUAUUCGCGACCUAACCUACCGAGGCGACAUGAUCGUGGAUGUGGAGUACACUUCGCGAGAUAAAUCCCACAAAAUGUACGUGGAGAAGGAUAUCAAAAUCGGGUCCAUCCCGAUCAUGCUCAAGUCGAAGUGUUGUAAUUUGCAUCAAAAAACGAGGGAGGAGCUUGUUAGCAUGCGUGAGUGCCCACUAGAUCCAGGUGGCUAUUUUAUCAUCAAAGGCGUCGAGAAGGUUUGCCUUGUGCAAGAACAACAGAGCAAAAACCGUAUCAUUAUCGAGGCCGACGAUCAUGGCAGCAUACGAGCCCACGUCCAAAGCAAAACUCAUUAUUCCAUCUCCAUGUGCACAGUUCUCAUGAAGAAGAGCAAGAUCUACAUGAGUCAUCGCUCUUUCACCGAGGAUAUCCCCAUUGUGAUUCUUUUAAAAGCCCUAGGUCUGGAAAGCGAUCAGAGCAUUGCGCAGAACAUCGGAACCACGCCGAUGUUUCGCAAGGUGCUCUUCGCCUGCUUCCACGACGCCGCGCUGAUGGGGGUGGUGACGCAGAACGACGCGCUGAACUUUGUUGGGGAGCGGAGAAAAGAAUCGGCGUGGGAGUCGGAGGACAGUGCAGGGCGGUCGGUUCAACGAUCCAAAGCUGAUAAAGCAGCGGAUUUUCUCGCGAACGUGCUGCUUUGCCACAUUCGAGAAGGAGAAACGCAGCGGGACUGGAAUUUCCAUCACAAGGCGCUCUAUGUGUGCUACAUGGUGCGUCGCAUGAUCGAGGCGAGCGACGACCCCUCCUUGCUCGAUGAGAGGGAUUUCUACGGGAAUAAGCGCUUUGAAACAACCGGCACGCUCAUGAGUUUACUCUUUGAGGACCUCCUAAAACAGUUUAACCGGGUUGUCAAAACCGCCAUGGAUCAACAGCUAUCGAAGAAGGACUCCACGAAGCCGUUUAACGUUAAGCAGCUGAUGGAAAGUAAGAUGGAGGUGAUUCAGAAUGGGAUGCGAAUCGCCAUCAGCAGCGGUCGUUGGGAGCUAAAGCGGUUUAACAUGAGUCGACAGGGCAUCACGCAGGUUCUUUCGCGGCUUUCCUACAUCGCCUGCUUGGGGAUGAUGACGCGUUUGGCCUCUUCUUUUGAGCGAACCCGCAAAAUAAGCGGUCCGCGAUCGCUCCAGCCAAGUCAAUGGGGAAUGGUCUGCCCUUGUGAUACCCCUGAAGGGGAGAGCUGCGGGUUGGUGAAGAAUUUCGCGAUUUUAAGUCAAAUUACACUGGAUUUGGAUGAUACCUACGUCCGAGCGGCGGCGCAUAGCUUUGGGGUGGAGGAGAUCGACACCGUGACCCCGGAGGAGUUUCGCCGGUAUUAUAGCGUGUUCUUGAACGGCACGCUGAUUGGCGUGCAUCGCUAUCCGAAUCGGCUAUGCCUUGGGAUUCGUCAGCUACGGCGAAGCGGGCGGCUUCACCCGCACGUCUCCAUCGCCACUCAGGAGCACCAAAAGGCCGUUCAGAUCAGCAGCGAUGGCGGGCGGAUAGUCCGCCUUCUCGCGCUCGUUCGCAACGGCAAGCCUGCGAUCACGCUCGCGCAUUUGGAUCUGCUCCGGAGUGGGUUGCGCACCUUGAAUGACUUUCUCGCCGAAGGGCUGAUCGAGUACGUGGAUGUGAACGAAUCCAACGAUUGCUUGAUCGCCGUCUACCCGAGGGAUAUCACGGAGUUCACCACUCACAUGGAGGUGGAGCCGCUUUCCUUGCUAGGCGUCGUUGCGGGGAUUAUUCCGUAUCCCCACCACAACCAAUCCGCCCGAAACACCUUUCAGUGCGCGAUGGGGAAACAGGCGAUGGGAAGCAUCAGCCUCAAUCAGUACCAUCGCGCGGAUACGAUCCUGCUCAUUGGGGCCUACCCCCAACGCCCGCUUUGCCGAUCGCAGGCGAUGAAUUUAACGCAUUACGAAAAACUCGGCGCCGGGAUCAACGCGAUGGUCUGCGUGAUGAGCUACAGCGGGUAUGAUAUCGAGGACGCGCAGGUCUACAACCGCGCCGCGCUCGAGCGCGGCUACGGCCGCUGCGUCGUCCUGCGAAAACACGAGGUGGAUCUGAUGAAACUCCGCGGCGGCGCGGUCGACGCGGUGCUGCCGCCGCCGCCGAAUGCCGGGGGGCGGUUUAAAGCGCUCAACCCCGACGGCCUCGCGAGCCGGGGGGCCCGCGUGACGAUGAAUGACGUGCUCGUGAAUAAAUCCACCCCCGAGGCGGCGCCCGGCGGCGAGGCGCGGCCGACCCCGUUGCUUUAUAAAUACCCCCAACCCGCCGUGGUCGACCACGUCGUCGUCUGCGCCCCGGGCGAGGCCGAUCGCGCCGUGGAUGUGGAGCAAAAAAUCAAAGUCAUCACCCGCGAGGUGCGGGUGCCGGAGCCGGGGGAUAAAUUCUCCUCCCGGCAUGGCCAAAAAGGCGUGGUCGGGCUCAUCGCCGAUGGCGUGGAUAUGCCGUUCAACGAGCGUGGAAUGAGCCCGGAUAUGAUCAUGAACCCCCAUGGCUUUCCCAGUCGAAUGACGGUCGGGAAGUUGUUGGAGCUCGUCUGCGCGAAGGCCGCCGCGAUCUCCGGGCGGAUCGGCGACGGCACCGCCUUCGCCGGGGAUCCCGCGGCGGAGAUCGGGCGACUUCUCGUUUCCCACGGCUGUAAUUAUCACGGGAAGGAUCUUUUUUACUCCGGGAUCACGGGAGAGGCGAUGCAGGGCUUUGUCUUCUUCGGUCCGAUUUAUUAUCAGCGGUUAAAACACAUGGUAACGGAUAAGAUGCACGCCCGGGCGACGGGGCCUCGCUCGAUGCUCACCCGGCAACCGACGGAAGGGCGCUCGCGAAGUGGCGGUCUUCGCGUGGGGGAGAUGGAGCGGGAUUGUAUGGUGGGGUAUGGCGUCGCCAACCUGCUGAAUGAACGGCUGCUGCUCAGCUCCGAUCUUUUCACGGCGGAUGUUUGUCAGCAGUGUGGGAAUUUAGGAUAUCAGGGGAUAUGCCCCUUCUGUCGAUGUAAGGACGUCACUUCGAAGGUGAACAUGCCGUACGCGUUUAAGCUUCUUAUUCAGGAACUACAGGGCAUGGGGAUUAACAUGCGUCUGAUUCUGGAUAGCUAG